UUAACCCGCAGGGCUAACCCAGUGUCUAUAGCUACCGCAGGCACCUGCAUCCCUGUUUUUAUUUAGUGGAUCCUCUAUUCCUCCAAGGCUCUGGGAACCCUGCGGUCUUCUCAUCUGGUGACACUGAGAAGAUGGAGCUUUCAAAUCCUCCCAAAGAGGAAUGUCACAAGCCCCUGCGCUGGGGACGCGUCCUGGCCUCCAGCCUCGCAGGGCUGCUUCUGCUCCAGGCAGUGCCAGGGAUUUCAGGCACCCGCCCCUGCAGCCCUAAGAGCUUUGGCUACAGCUCUGUGGUCUGUGUCUGCAAUGCCACAUACUGUGACUCCUUGGACCCCCUGACCCUGCCUGCCCUUGGCACCUUCAGCCGCUAUGAGAGUACACGCAGCGGGCGCCGGAUGGAACUGAGCGUGGGGAGCUUCCAGGCCAACCGUGCAGGCACAGGGCUGCUGCUGACCCUGCAGCCAGAGCAGAAAUUCCAGAGAGUGAAGGGAUUUGGAGGGGCCAUGACAGAUGCUGCUGCUCUCAACAUCCUUGGCCUGUCACCCCCUGUCCGGGAUUUGCUACUCAGGUCGUACUUCUCUGAAGAAGGAAUUGAAUACAAUAUCAUGCGGGUGCCCAUGGCCAGCUGUGACUUCUCCAUCCGCACCUACACCUAUGCCGACACCCCUGACGACUUUGAGUUGCAAAACUUCAGCCUCCCAGACGAAGAUGUUAAGCUCAAGAUACCCCUGAUCCACCAAGCCCUGCAGCUGACCCGACGCCCCAUCUCACUCUUCGCCAGCCCCUGGACAUCACCCACUUGGCUCAAGACCAAUGGAGCAGUGAACGGGAAGGGGACACUCAAGGGUCAGCCGGGGGACCGCUACCACCAGACCUGGGCCAAAUACUUUGUCAAGUUCCUGGAUGCCUAUGCUGAGCACAAGUUAAAGUUCUGGGCAGUGACAGCCGAGAAUGAGCCCUCUGCAGGGCUAUUCAGUGGGUACCCCUUCCAGUGCCUGGGCUUCACCCCUGAACACCAGCGAGACUUCAUUGCCCGUGACUUGGGUCCUACCCUCGCCAACAGUACACAUCGUGAUGUCCUUCUGCUCAUGCUGGACGACCAACGCUUACUGCUGCCCCACUGGGCCGAGGUGGUGCUGGCAGACCCAGAGGCAGCUAAGCACGUUCAUGGCAUUGCUGUACAUUGGUACCUGGAUUUUCUGGCUCCAGCAAAAGCCACCCUGGGGGAGACACAUCGCCUGUUUCCCAACACCAUGCUCUUUGCCUCCGAGGCCUGUGUGGGUUCCAAGUUCUGGGAGCAGAGUGUGCGGCUAGGCUCCUGGGACCGAGGGAUGCAGUACAGCCACAGCAUCAUUACGAACCUUCUCUACCAUGUGGUCGGCUGGACUGACUGGAACCUCGCCCUGAACCCCGAAGGCGGGCCCAACUGGGUUCGCAACUUUGUCGACAGCCCCAUCAUCGUGGACAUCGCCAAGGACACAUUUUACAAACAGCCCAUGUUCUAUCACCUUGGCCACUUCAGCAAGUUCAUUCCUGAGGGCUCUCAGAGAGUGGGGCUGGUUGCCAGUGAAAAGAGCGACUUGGAGACAGUGGCCCUGACGCAUCCCGAUGGCUCCGCAGUUGUGGUCGUGCUGAACCGCUCUUCUAAGGACGUGCCUCUCACCAUCGAGGAUCCUGCCCUGGGCUUCCUGGAGACCAUCUCACCUGGCUACUCCAUUCACACCUACCUGUGGCGACGCCAGUGCCAGUGAUGGAGCAGAUACCAAGCAGGCCCCGGGCUCUGCGUGGGCAUUAAAGGCACAGUCAGCUCA